AAACACCAUCUCAUCUUGUGUCCUUGGGAACACACAAUCCUGACACCAUGGCUUCUUCAGUUCCUAGACAUACAAUGCUUCGAUCCGCGGGUGCAGCACUGAAGCGAAAGCGCACACAGCCUCCGCACUGCAGACGCGCAAUUGCUACACACACGCAUUCGCACCAUGCAGGUCAGAUUUCGGUGCUACGCUCAUCGGUGGAUACGUCAAGUGCAGAUUUCAAGGAGAAUGCGGCAGCGAUGGCGGAGGUUGUCGCGAAGAUGAAGGAGCUGCGAGAACGCCUCUCUCAGGGCGGUCCGCAGAAAGCGCGAGAAAAGCAUGUGCAGCGAGGAAAGAUGCUGCCCCGGGAUCGCAUCACCGCUCUCAUCGACCCGGGAACGUCUUUUCUCGAAUUAUCUCCCUUCGCCGGCCAUAAUCUCUACCAGGGCGAGGACGUACCCAGCGGUGGUAUCCUCACUGGCAUCGGUACAGUGAGCGGCGUAACAUGCAUGAUAAUUGCGAACGACUCUACCGUCAAAGGUGGUACUUACUAUCCCAUAACCGUGAAGAAGCACCUGCGUGCCCAGGAGAUCGCACACCAGAAUAGACUCCCGUGCAUAUACCUUGUCGACAGCGGAGGAGCCAAUUUACCCCAUCAAGCUGAUGUAUUCCCUGAUCGCGAUCAUUUUGGUCGCAUAUUCUUCAAUCAGGCUCGUAUGAGCGGCGAGGGCAUCCCCCAGCUCAGUGUAGUUAUGGGCCCUUGCACUGCAGGCGGAGCCUACGUCCCUAGCAUGAGUGACGAAAGUAUCAUUGUGGACAAGCAGGGUCACAUCUUUCUGGCCGGCCCACCUUUGGUCAAGGCUGCCACUGGCGAGGAAAUAUCGGCGGAAGAGCUUGGCGGGGGUAGGCUGCAUUCUGAAAUAUCUGGUGUGACGGACUACCUCGCCGUUGACGAUGCGCACGCCCUUGUCCUUGCCCGUCGAUGCGUUUUGAACUACAACUGGCCAAAAGGCAAAGCUGUUUCCGUCGGGUCCCUCGACACAGAGGGUAAGGUGUACACAAAACCCUGGAAAGAGCCGCUGUACGAUCCCCAAGAACUAGGCGGUAUAGUAGGAACCAACUUGCGUCGUCAGAUUCCUGCGCACGAAGUCAUUGCGCGCAUAGUCGAUGGCUCAGAGUUUUCUGAAUUUAAGAAGGAUUAUGGUCCAACACUAGUCACAGGGUUUGCACAUAUUCAAGGCCAACAAGUCGGAAUUCUUGCCAACAACGGAAUCCUCUUUUCACCUUCAUCACUGAAAGGUGCACACUUCAUACAGCUCUGCGCUGCGCGCAACAUUCCGCUACUGUUCCUACAAAAUAUCUCUGGUUUUAUGGUUGGCCGCGACAGUGAGGCUGGUGGUAUAGCCAAGAAUGGCGCAAAACUCGUGACAGCCGUUGCUUGCGCUAAUGUUCCCAAGUUUACCGUAGUUUUCGGCUCUUCUGCCGGAGCGGGAAAUUAUGGAAUGUGUGGUCGGGCAUACAGUCCCCGCAUGCUGUGGACUUGGCCCAAUGCCAAGACGAGUGUGAUGGGUCCGGAGCAGCUCAGCGCUGUGAUGGAAGCCGUCGGACGUAAAGACGAAGGACUUAGGGAAAGGAUAGAAAAGGAGAGUGAGGCCCUGUUUGGCUCAGCAAGGUUAUGGGAUGAUGGUAUCAUCGAACCAGCACUAACGAGGGACUACGUGGGCAUGGGCCUGAGAACAGUGAAUGGAGGAAGUGUGGAGGAAAGAGAGACCAAAUUUGGAGUCUUCAGGAUGUAAUCGCACUAUGGAGCAUGUUUUGCCUUUCCGAAAACUGCGGAUUCCCCAUCAAUUGCUCAAUUAUCCAAUCCCAGCCUUCAUGAAUUCGCAGCAUGUCUUAGGUUCUAGAUUAAAGAGCUUCCAUUAAUUGCAGCAGCAUGAGAGCUCAUUGGCUCCGGCAAUGCGCUUAUUCUAUAAAUCGACAAACAGUUGAAAGAGGAAUGUACAAGAACACUUUUUUGUUUUGACCGAUUUCUGUUACACGCUGAGCAAUCUUACACCCAAUAUGGCCGUAUG